UCUUGUACGGCCACAUUCUUCAGCCGAGUUUUGCAACAAUUCAAUUGGGACCCCAACAGCUCAAUGGCUGUCCGGAAACGUAAGCUGAUACCCACUCCCGCUUCAGGUCACCGGCGCUUCAGAAGCUCCAAUUUUGGAACCCCUGGACCCAAUUUAGACAUCAGAGUUGUUCGUCAUACCACGCCAGCCCCAGAGCGUAAUUGGGUUUCUAAAAUCUGUGCCAGGGGCUUAUGGGAUUUCAGGUGGUUUAGCUUUGAUAACUCAAGGAGAUGUGCUUCUCAGAUUAUCUUCUUUUACUUGUUCUGCCUCAAUCUUGUAGCAGACGCUCAUCCCUCUCCUUCUUUCACAUAUGCUUGUGAGGAUGCUAACAAUUAUUAUGCCAGUGCGAAAAAUUUGGGUGGUGAAGCACUCAAGAAAAAAUUGAGUCGCAUCAUUGCCCCACAUCAUUCCUUAUCCUACAAAGAGGUGUGGGAUGCCCUCAAGAUUCUUGACGCUGCUGAUAUUGAUAAACCAGAAGCUUCAUCAGGGAUAAUUGAAAUUUACUCCUUGAGAGUUGUCCCAAAGCGUUUAGCAGGAAAGCCAGAGGGCUGGAAUAGGGAACACUUGUGGCCUCGUUCUUAUGGGCUAACUGAUGGUCCAUCAAUGACUGACAUACACAAUAUUCGCCCAGAAGAUGUGAAUGUGAAUUCAUCUAGGGGAAACAAAUACUAUGGGCUAUGCAAUGUUAACUCAAACAAAUGUUUGAGGCCAGCAAACAAAGAAGCCGCUUCAGACACGGAAACUGACAACGAAAGAUGGGCACCACCUGUGAAGGUUCGAGGGGAUAUUGCAAGGGCAUUAAUGUACAUGGCGGUCUGCUAUGGGUUUCAUCAGCCAGGUGGAGGCCUGGAUCUUCACCUUUCAGAUUCUCCAAGCAUUGGAAAAAGGGAGAUGGGACUGCUUUCUACAUUGUUAAAAUGGAAUGAAGUUGAUCCACCUUCAAGACAAGAGAAGUUGAGAAAUGAGAGAAUAUGCAAGUUUUAUCAGCAUAACAGAAACCCUUUUGUUGAUCAUCCAGAAUUUGCCAAUCUCAUAUGGAAGCCAGUUGUUUCCAGCCAUCAGAGUUCUAAUAUUCAUUCCUUGAAGGCAUGGACAAAUUUAAAAUGGAUCAAUUUUUUCUCUUUACUAAUUUAACUUUACAAAUGGUAUUAAGAUUUGAGUUAAUUACAUUUGAUCCAUAUAUGGUUUGGUUCAAGUUUGAUUUAUCAACUUGAAGAUGAAUAAAAAAAAAAAAGAAAAUUCUAAUUUACCCACGUCAAAUGACAUCUUUUAAUAUUAUUUAGUUUCAAAUUAGAAAUUUUUUUGUAUACAUAAAUUCAAUGUCCCAGGAAGAAAGCUUUGUAAUGAUAGUUUCUUUAUAAUCUAAUUACAUUAUUUCUA